AUGUCUGCUCCUACCGAUACCACUCCCACUGCUCAGACCUCCGCCGAUGGUGAGCGUCGUCGCUCUUCCGGUGGCCUCUUCAACAACAUCCUGGCUCAGAAGCGCAGCCCCGACAAUGCUGCUUACUCUGCCCGUCGCACAAGCAUUGAGGAGCAAGGCCCACCAAAGGGUGUUCUCGGCAAGAUGUGGGACAGCGCUGUCAAGGGCGUCGGUCCAGAGCAGAAGUAA